ACUUUUACUUUGAAACUUUCGCCUCGUCACAAUGGUCAUGGCGCCUAGCUGAUAUAUCACUAGCUAGCAAGCUAUGUUUAUUUUCCUUUCUUAUUAUUUAGUAAUUAGUUACAUUGUUACUUAAUGAACAGCUGGAAAGUGUAUGUUUUUAGUUAAUUAAAAAAAUCUUAUAAAAUGUUAAUAAAUAUACACAACUCGAGCAGAAAAUCGGGAUUAUGAGCUACUUCCGGGUGUAUUAGCAUAAAAUAAUUAAAGAGCCAGCAUUGGUGAACAUUAGGGUUUAAAAAGUCCAGAAGAAAGGACUUGGAGAAAUGGAUAAAUUUGUGGUCCGUGUUCCAAAGAAUGAUCAGGCAAGACAAGGACAAAACCAUGAAGAGAAAGUGUACAAACAGGCAACGCUAGAGUCUUUAAAGAGAGUGGUGGUGAUUGAGGACAUUGAAAGGUUCAGGUCCAUCCUGGAGUUACCCGGUCAGACCAGAGAGAACAUGUUAAACGCUCUGAUGGAGCUGGACAAGAAAGUGCCUUCUAAAGAAGUGCUCAAGUCCACCAGGAUCGGUCACACAGUGAACUCGCUGCGUAAGAAGCACCCGGACGCUGAGGUGAAGUCGUUGGCUCGGCAGGUUUACACACACUGGAGGACGUUCAUCGAGGAGAACGCCAACAAGCCGUCCAUCGAGGUUCGCUGUGAUAAACAGACCGAGGAGCUGAGGAGCAACGCCAGAAAACUCCUCGCUGAGAGCAUGGGGUUAGAGGCUGACGCUGCGCUGGUGGAUAACAUGGAGAGGGAAGUGUUUCAUCAGUGCUCGCGGCUGAUCAGCGGAGCGUACAGGAGGAGUGUGAGGGCGCUGGUGUUCGCUCUCAAACACAAACCGGACGUCAGAGCGCAGGUGAAGGACGGCAGAAUCGCCGUUAACGUGUUCGUCAGCAGCCACAAGAAGAAACUGUGACACUGAGAUGAAAGAGACCCCACACACACACACACACACACACACACACACACACACAGACACAGACACACACACUCUCUCUCUUUCACAGAUACACACACACACACACUCUCUCUCUCACAGAUACACACACACACACACUCUCUCUCUCACAGAUACACACACACACACACACACACACUCUCUCUCUCACAGAUACACACACAGACACACACACACUCUCUCUCUCACAGAUACACACACACACAGACACACACACUCUCUCUCUCACAGAUACACACACACACACACACACUCUCACAGAUACACACACACACACACACACACUCUCUCUCUCUCACAGAUAUACACACACACACAGAUACACGUCAAGACACUGAGUGGUGCUUCAUAAGACUGGACUUUAAUAGAGUUUUUCCUUUUUAAAAAUAAUUUUUAGCAGUAAAAUGUCUAUAAAGCAAACCAUGUUUACAGGUUUUAUUUUAAAAACUAUUUUAACUCUCCAUUUGGUCUGUUUUAUUAUUUAUAGUUUUGUUUUAUUGUGCUCCUCAGCUUUUAAUACUUUUUAUAAGUAAAAAUCUCAAUGCUCUACAUUUCACAUGUGACACACAAACCCUCCAACUGACCAGAAGAUAAUUAAAAUAAUGGAUUUUUAA